AAACUAUUAAAGCAAUUGAACAUGACAGAGAAACAAGUUCAAAGGUGGUUGUUUAAGAGAAGGCUACGUGAAGUGCCAUCUUCAAUGUACAAAUUCACAGAAUGCAGUUGGCAGCUGUUGUUUUAUACAGUGUCUUUUUCCUAUGGAUUAUAUGCCUUGUGGGAUAAACCAUGGUUGUGGGUUACAGUCAAUUGUUGGAUUGGUUGGCCAAAGCAGCACAUUGAUAAUGAUAUUUUUAUUCUGUACUUGUUGGAACUGAGCUUUUACUGGAGCUUAUUAUUUGCCAUUUUCUUUAAAAGAGACUACCAAAAAAAGGAUAAGAAUGAAAUGAUCAUGCAUCAUUUGGUGACCAUCCUGCUUAUCUAUUUUUCAUGGGCUUGCAACUUUGUGCGAGUAGGAAGUCUUGUUUUAGUGGUUCAUGAUGUAGCAGAUCCGUGGCUCAAUAUUGCAAAAAUGUUAAAGUAUGCAAAGUAUCAAAUGCUCUGUGAAAUAUUCUUUGGCAUUUUAAUAUUCACUUGGAUCGUAUCCAGAUUAGUUGUAUAUCCACUCUGGGUUCUGAAUGCAUCUGCUGUAGAGAUUCAUGAUUAUGUGACGACAUUUCCAGCCUACUGGUUUUUCAAUGGGCUGCUUUUUGUGCUGCAGUUGCUGCAUAUAAUGUGGACCUAUUUUAUAUUGCACAUCGUCUUCGAGAAGCUUAGAACUGGAACUAUUGAAAAAGAUGCAAGAAGUGAGUCAGACAGUGAAGUGAAUGACUCUUCUGCUUCGGAAGAUAUCAGCAGCGUACAGCGGCCCCUCAUUGAACAAAGAAAUGCUGUGUCAAACGGUGUCUCACUAAGGAAUACCAUAGAUAAAGUUAAUCACUGA